UCUGUGGUUGUUCCAGUGUUCCAGUAGAGGCUUCCUUCAAAUCUGUAGCCGGCUUUUCUCAUCCUCGUCGAUUUUUUAAAAUUAGCAACGACGGAACCGUUAUCGUUUACCAGCCUUCCGAACCACAGUCAAAUGAGAAGAGGCGCAGAGAGGCGUCUUGGUGCGUUGAAGUUACUCCUCAGCACAAGCCGUUCUUCGAAGAAGACACUCCUUAUAGUCAUCAUACCUGUUAUACUUUACGUGCUCCUUGUCUUGAUCCCACGAGUACGGAACAUUCUGCAUUCCUCCUUACGUCAACCGGUAUGCUUCUACAGCACCGACAACUAUACCGGUUCCAGUUCGUACGUUGUACCCAACAUCAUCCACUUCGUGCGGUUCGGACAGCCGAAUAUCUCCUUCAUAGAUGCCGUGGGCAUCCGCUCUGCGUACAUCAACCACGCACCGGACAAAAUUGUAGUGCACUGCGACGUGUGCAGGAUAGAGGGACCGUAUGGCUACUUGGUUCGCGAUAUACCAAUCAUAACUUUCGAGGAACUGCAGCCAACAAACAAUAUCUUUGGGCGCAACGUGACCCGGAUUCACCACGCCUCGGACAUCGCUCGUGUGCAGGUUCUGUUGAAGUACGGUGGCAUCUACUUGGACAACGACUGCAUAGUCAUUCGACCUCUGCACCAAUUUCGACACUUUGAGAUGACCAUAGGCUGGUCACCUGGUGCGUAUUUAGCCAGCAUGGUGUUGUUAGCAGCACCAGGUGCACGAUUCCUUCACCUGCACCGGGAUCUUUACCGCGAAUACAAGAGCAGCUUGUGGUAUUACAACGUCGGAGACCUGCCCACCAUGCGUCUGCUGUGGCCACAUCCCCAUCUCAUUCACGCCGUCCCUGUCCUCUUCGGUAUCGACAUGGACAUGCUCCGCAAGCUGUACACCCCUGGUCUAAAUAUCGAAUGGAGGAGGUAUUUUGCGGUUCACACGCUCAUCCGCCACCGUUGUGAAUGGAGAGACCCGUUGCGUGGUCGGAAGAUUGACAUGGAGAACAUAAGGACGUACAACACGUCGCUGGGAGAAAUGAUCCGGGAGGUUCUCUUUGGGACUUCCGCGUUUGUCAGCAACGACACCAAAGUGAAACCUGUUGCCGACCUCUACGCUGUAAAGCCAUUCGGUCGAACACUUGCUCCAGCAACCGUAGCGCCCCUUAGGGGCCAGAUGUUAAAGUUCGAGUAGUAGUAGUAGUUUCAAAUCGUUAUACGAAAUAAAAUUAUACCUCCGUCAA